GUGUGUUCCUGCCUCUCUCUUGUUAUGUCUCUACCUCUCUUUGUCUCUGUCUCUCUGUCUUUUUUUUGCUAUCUCUGUCUCUUUACGUCUCUGCCUCCAUCUCUUUUUGUUUCGGUCUCUGUCUCGCUCGGUUUCACAUCCUGUCCCUCCCCAGCCACCACCACCCGGCACAUGUGGGCUGAGGGUCUCAGUCCCUUCCCUCCCAUCUCCUCACCCCUGGCAGCUGCUCACAGCUUCCCAAUCCUGGCCUCUCCUGCCCGCCCCUCUUGGGCCUUGGGGGAGGGGGGUGAGGGAGGAAGGGAGGGCAGCCUGGCGGGCCCACCCCUUUUUGCCUUUCCAGGCUGGGAGGCUGGGCCAGUGGGCCUUUUAACCAGCCCUGGCAGGCUGUGCCGGACACCAGCCCUGGACGCCGUGCCUGGCCCCUGUGGUCCCGGCAGCCGCCAGCCCGGCCAGCAUGCAGCAGCAGCCCCCACCCGGGCCCCUGGCCCCUGCGGCUGAGCCGACCAAGCCUCCCUACAGCUACAUAGCCCUGAUUGCCAUGGCCAUCCAGAGCUCCCCGGGGCAGCGGGCCACGCUCAGCGGCAUCUACCGCUACAUCAUGGGCCGCUUCGCCUUCUACCGCCACAACCGGCCUGGCUGGCAGAACAGCAUCCGCCACAACCUGUCGCUCAACGAGUGCUUUGUCAAGGUGCCCCGCGAUGACCGAAAGCCAGGCAAGGGCAGCUACUGGACGCUGGACCCCGACUGCCACGACAUGUUCGAGCACGGCAGCUUCCUGCGCCGCCGCCGCCGCUUCACUCGGCGGGCAGGUGCCGAGGGCGCCAAGGGCCCCGCCAAGGCGCGCCGCGGACCCCUCAGAGCCAGCAGCCAGGACCCAGGAGUCUCCGACGCCGCGACUGGCAGGCAGUGCCCAUUCCCUCCAGAGCUGCCAGAGCCCAAAGGCCUAAGCUUUGGGGGUCUGGUGGGGGCCUUGCCAGCCAGCAUGUGCCCGCCAACGACCGAUGCCAGGCCUCGGCCACCCGCGGAGCCCAAAGAGAUGCCCACGCCUAAGCCUGCAGGCCCAGGGGAGUUCCCUGUGGCCACCUCGUCUUCCCCAUGCCCAGCGUUUGGCUUUCCUGCUGGCUUCUCUGAGGCUGAGGGUUUUAGCAAGGCCCCUACACCCAUCUUGCCCCCUGAGGCGGGCAUUGGGAGCAGCUACCAGUGCCGGCUGCAGGCACUGAAUUUCUGCGUGGGGCCCGACUCAGGCCUGGAGCACCUCUUGGCCUCGGCAGCCCCCUCCCCUGCACCACCCACCCCUCCAGCCUCACUCAGGGCCCCACUGCCCCUGCCAGCUGACCCCAAGGAACCCUGGGUUGCAGGCAGCUUCCCUGUCCAGGGAGGCUCUGGCUACCCGCUUGGGCUGACCCCCUGCCUAUACCGGACACCAGGAAUGUUCUUCUUUGAGUGAAGCCCACCUGACCUCGGGCAGUCCCUGCAAGGCCCCUGCCAACUACACCCUCCAGGCUGAGCCUGCUCUAGGAUCUGGGGGGCUCUCAAAGGACCCAGGCCUGCAAGCCAACGACAAUCGGGACAGGAAGCCAAGAUUGGAGUACUGAACACUGGGCCAGCCCCCACGGCCUCUGGACAGACUUGGGGGUGAGGGGACCUGGGGCCCCCUUGAGAUUUACUCUGUGGCUCUCGGGGCCAAUAAAGCCAGUGUGAUGAUGAGGA